AUGUCUGCGACACGCUUCAUUACGCUUGCUAAGUCCCGCGUGGCGACUGCGCCGAGCUCUAUCGCUGUUCGAUCUAUCUCGUCUACUGCUAGACUGCAGAAGGGGCCUAUUGAUGCGGCCAAGGAUACCCUCAAGAAGGCUGAUCGGGUAGUAUCUGAUGUGGCGGUCGAUGGCAUCAACAAGGGUGCGGAAGUUACUGGCAAGGUGAAGGAGGUCGUCGGUGGCGCAAAGCAGGAGGCCAAGACCAAGGCCGGGGACAUUAAGGGCAAUGCAUCCGAGUAUGAGGGAAAGAUCAAGGGCACAGCAGAUGAGGUUGCCGGCAAGGCCAAGGGAAAGGCACAUGAGGCAGCUGGCAAGGCUAAGGAGCAUCUCAGCUAA